UUCUCUCUAUCCACUCAGAACACAUACUCUCGCCGCUAUCCAAAGCCAUCUUGGCUCCUUUGAUCUUAGAUUGACAUCUGGGGUACUUCUGUUCUGUGAGAAGGAUUUCCCCUUCGGCCCGUUGACAGACUCAGGCACCAGAGCAACGCCUUUGCAUGUAUCUGUCCGUGCCUUCGGAGAGACCAUCGCCGUUCUCCGGUAUAUCUAAAUUUUUGGAAUCCCCCCGCGUUUACUUCUGUUGUUUAUCUGAUGGUUCCCUCUAGUUGCACUGCAAGUCAAAUAAUAAUACUAUCGACCUCCUUUCUCUAUGAUUCAAGUGAUUACCGACUACUGUAAGGGGCCUCCAUCUAACCCCACUAAACUUCCCCACUACUAUAACGAUCUGUCACGUCGAACCAAGCCGUCGAUCAGCCAUAACUUUCGUUUGCGACAAUUCCUGUGACUGGUAUCUUUUUGACGUUUCUUGUCCGCUCCCUGCAAUAUGGAGCGAUCUUUGUCUGACUCCCCCCUCAGCGACGCGCCGAGCAAUGUAACACUCUACCUCUUAGAGGUCAAUGUUAAGGAAAGACUAGCUGCUUACAUACCGAAAGAUGCAAAUGAUGAUACAUUCUCAUUCCUCCAAAACACUUUCCAAUAUUUGCCAACUGAUGGUAAGGCUAACUUGGCCGACGAUAUCGAAAGCUGUUGCUCUGAUGAGGAAUUGCAGCAGCUUGCGAAGCACAUUGACACAGCCCUUAUUCGACCAUUCUUGGCCGUCGGUGGGAAGAGCAAGCCCCUGACUCCUUCCCCCCGUUUUGGCACUGAAGAUUCCAUAGAGGAUUUGCUUAGCGAAAUCGACGAUCCUGUUGUGCGCGAGCAAGAGCGCCUACGGACACAAUGCCUGUCACGGGAUGGAUACCGCUGCGUCAUCACUAAAGCAUAUGAAGAAACAGCAAACCCGCCUCCCCAAAUACCAUUUGUCGGAAACCUCAUCGCCGCCCACAUAAUACCCUUCUGUCUUGGUUCAUUCUCAACAAAUGAUGAGCUCCGGGGGCUUGGGGAGAUAUGGCAAUGCUUCUAUCGGUACUUUCCCGGUGUUCGGUCGCGGUUGAACUUUACCCAGGCCAGUAUCAACGACAUGCAAAACGUGAUGAUGUUAGAGAGGCAUGCCGUGCACACCCAUUUCGGUCGGUUUAAACUCGCUCUGGAGCCCACGUCUGUCGAAAGCCAGUACCGUAUUUGGCAUUCCUUCACCACGGGGCUACCGUUGUACGCGCACAGCUUCCCACAAGACAGGAUCAUCACUCUAAAAGCCCAGGACGGCAGAUAUCCUCUUCCGAGCCCAAUCCUUAUCGAGACGCACUACCUGAUCGCGAGGAUAAUUAAUGCAACCGGCCGUGGAGAGGUUGUCAAUGACAUACUACGGGAUUACAACGAAACUCCCACCCUUGCUAGAGAUGGGACAACCGAUAUUUCUCGACUCCUAUCAGUUACCACUCUAGGGCCUUCGCUUCAUAGCGGUAGGCCUCGAUAUCCCGAUCACGGAUAGUAAUAGUGUGAUGGACAGGAGCAGUAAGAGUGGCGGCAAGAGCAGUUCGAAGGCCGUUGAGCUGGUUUCGAGGAAAGUCAAAACAGAGACUCCGUCAUCACCAUCUCCAGCACCUGCGUUUGAGGCUCAGAAUCCGGCUUCUUUGUUCUGUACGCGCGCGAAGCUGGGAGAUAAUAAGGAGAAUGCCAGUUCUGGUGAAAUAUUGGCAAAUGCUAUCUGGACGCAGAGAUCUUCUCUUGAAGCCAAAGCCAAAGACAAAGGCACUGAAGCAUAUAAUGAUUGUGACCAAGAGACCGAUUACGCGGCUAGGAGAGAGAGCACUAAAACAGAAAGGGAAAGAGGAUGAGGUAUCUAGAAAAUCAAGUACUAAGCGGAGAAAAGCCAGAACUGGUUGAGAACAGGUGGACGCUCACCCUAUAGGAGGUAGAGGCUAUGGAAAUGAUGAUCAAAUAAUAGUCUGAUGAUGA